CGUAACGCCGCAGGCGGCAGUGCGGCGGCCACUGGCUAGGAGUCCUAGGAACGGUGCUGUGUUCGGCGUCCUCUCUUCAUCCCCGCGCUGCGGACGCUGGGGCCGUGCAGGCGUCUUGUGGGACAUGGCGCACUCGGGCAGCGAGGACGUGCAGGGCCAGGAAGAGGAGACUUUUCUGUACUUUGCCUAUGGCAGCAACCUAAUGAGCAAGCGGAUUCACCUCCAAAACCCCUCGGCCGCCUUCUGCUCCGUGGCCCGCCUGCAGGAUUUUAAGCUUGAUUUUGGCAAUUCCCAAGGCAAAGCAAGUGAAACUUGGCAUGGAGGCAUAGCCACCAUUUAUGAAAGUCCUGGCGACGAAGUAUGGGGAGUAGUAUGGAAAAUGAACAAAAGCAAUUUAAGUUCUCUGGAUAAGCAAGAAGGGGUUAAUAGUGGAACGUAUGUCCCAAUAGAAAUUAGUGUUUACACUCAAGAAGGAAAAGAAAUUACCUGUCGAAGUUAUCAGAUGAAAAAUUACGAGAGAGCUCCCCCAUCACCCCAGUAUAUAAAGGUCAUUUGCAUGGGUGCAAAAGAGAACGGUUUGCCACCGGAGUAUCAAAAGAAGUUAAAUGCAAUAGAACCAAAUGACUACAAAGGAAAGGUCUCAGAAGAAAUUGAAGACAUUAUCCAAAAAGGGGAAGCAAAACUCAUUAGACCAUAAUUGAAUAUAUCAACGGAUGUUUUUUCUAUGUGCUAAUAUACUUUUAACAUUUGAAAGAGGGAUUUGGGAUAUCUCUACAUUUAAUAUAUUUUCAACAAUGCUCUGAAGGGCUAUCUCACUUGAGUAACUCCCUCUUUUCAGACUAUGAAAGAUACUGGGUCAGGAGUUAGACAAUUGCAAAGGGGGCUGUGAGGCCCUGGAAUGCAUGAUAAAUGGCUCUGGGUACUUCUUCUGUGAACAUUGAAAGUUAUUUUCUUGAGUUGAUCUGAAGUGUAUUCUUGCUCUGUGACAAAGGGUAGAUUUGCAACUUAAUGAUGGUGCUGGUGAAUCACUCUGCUCUGGAAUUUUUCUUAUCAGCUUAAGAGCUAGCCAACUGCAGAGAUAGUUGGUAAUAAAAUUGUUUAAAUUGAAAAGCUGUCUUGCUGUUCUUAGAUGAAUAAACGUAUUUGUGGUUUAACCUGC